AGAUGGCAUUACCAUGGUUUCUUUCAAAGUUGAUUUCGACCAGGCUGAGAAAUUGGAAGAUGCUAUCAAAGCCAAUUGUAGUCGCGAACUUGUGUUUUAUAGGCACUGACGCAGAUUUGGUCUAUCACAGCUAAUGCGGAUAGGGAACGGAUUGUUGGAUGAUGAAACAGAUGGCCGUGGAGUUGUUGAUUACUUAUGGAGUCAUGCUGUGAUAUCAGAUCGUGUGCACGAAGAGGUUAGGAGUAAAUGCAACUUCAGUGAUAUACAUUACAGAUCUGAACCUAAUUGCAGUGCAGCUUUUCUAGAUAUGUCAAAGAAUAUUGACAUCUACAAUUUGUAUCGUCCUGUCUGCAACAUUGAUGACUACAAUAAUAACGUACAACAUCCAGCAAUUCAAGGCACUGUUCCUCAAUUACCUUUUAAUUUUGGUAAGAAGAGUCACAGGAAAACUGCAGGUUCCAAGGACGACAAUCCAUGUGUAGAUUAUGUUACACCUUACAUGAAUAGGCCGGAUGCGCAGAAAGCACUACAUGCCAACGUCACCAAACUUCCCUAUCCAUGGCAAGCAUGCGGUUAUCAUAUUCAACGUUGGAAUGUUCUUCCUGUAAUUAAAAGGCUGAUAGCUGGUGGUGGCCUCCGCGUUUUGAUCUACAGUGGAGAUGCUGAUGGAAUGGUCCCAGUAACUUCAACAAGAUAUGCAUCGAGAAAGCUUGGAUUGAACAUUACUCAGGAUUGGACUCCUUGGUAUGGCAGCAAUAAACAGGUUGGAGGGUGGACCACUAUCUAUGAUGGUGGGCUAACUUUUGGUACUGUUCGAGGAGCUGCUCACCAAGUCCCAGCUUCUGCUCCAAAGCGUACCCUCCAAAUAGUUGGGCACUUUUUGGCUGAUAAGAAACUACCAUCUGUACCCUUUUAGCUUGCAAUGAAUGUUCACUCUAUUUCUCUUGGUCUUCAAUAUUGUGGGAAAAGCAUGUCACCAUUGCCUUAUAGGAGCUUACAAAGAUAAGUUUUUGACUUUUUGUCCUCAGAGAUUCACUUCUUUAGAUGUUCUGUUUCGUUUUGGGUGUGCUGUUAAUGUUGAUUAGAGGUGUCAAACAAGCCGGCCCAGCACCUCUUCACGGGCCAGGCUUAGAUUUCUGACCCAGCUCAAUUAUUAAUUUUUUGAAGCUUUUGAAUAAUUAAAUAGGGGAACAACGGUGUUAUAGGACAUUGAUUUUAACACAUUUCUUUCAAUUAUUAAU